UCUGAUUCUUUCCCCAGGCAAGACAGUGAGACUCCAGAAGCUCCGAGCCCGGCUUGCCAAGGCCCUCUGCUAGAGGCCUGCCAUGGCAUCUCUGAGGCCCUUUUUCAUACUAGCCCUGCUGGCAUGGGUUUCUCUGGCUGACCAAGAGUCAUGCAAGGGCCGCUGCACUCAGGGUUUCAUGGCCAGCAAGAAGUGUCAAUGUGAUGAGCUUUGCGCCUACUAUCAGAGCUGCUGUGCUGACUACAUGGAGCAGUGCAAGCCCCAAGGUGAGGUCAGAGCCCUGAUGGGUGGGCCAGGGGUUCCCUCCACCACUGGACACUCACUACUUCCCAUUCUGCCUGCAGUGACUCGGGGGGAUGUGUUUACCAUGCCAGAAGAUGAGUAUUGGGGCUAUGACUACACGGAGGAAACCAAGAACAGUACCAGCACUGGCGUGCAAUCCGAGAACGCCUCUCUACACUUCACCCUAAAGCCUCGAACCGAAGAGACUAUAAAGCCAACAAUUCCUGAUCCUCAGGAACAGUCAAACACCCAAGAACCUGAAGUGGGGCAACAGGGAGUGGCCCAAAGGCCUGACACCACUGAUGAAGGAACCUCUGAGUUUCCAGAAGAAGAGCUGUGUAGUGGAAAGCCCUUUGAUGCCUUCACAGACCUCAAGAAUGGUUCCCUUUUUGCCUUCCGAGGUGAGUAUUGCUAUGAGCUAGAUGAAACAGCAGUGAGGCCCGGGUACCCCAAACUCAUCCAAGAUGUCUGGGGCAUCGAGGGCCCCAUCGACGCUGCCUUCACUCGCAUCAACUGUCAGGGGAAGACCUACUUGUUCAAGGGUAGUCAGUACUGGCGCUUUGAGGAUGGUGUCCUGGACCCUGAUUAUCCCCGAAACAUCUCUGAAGGCUUCAGUGGCAUACCAGACAACGUUGACGCAGCCUUAGCCCUUCCUGCCCACAGUUACAGUGGCCGGGAAAGGGUCUACUUCUUCAAGGGAAAACAGUACUGGGAGUAUGAAUUUCAGCAGCAGCCCAGCCAGGAGGAAUGUGAAGGAAGUUCUCUGUCAGCCGUGUUUGAGCACUUUGCCUUGCUUCAGCGGGACAGCUGGGAGGACAUUUUUGAACUCCUCUUCUGGGGCAGAUCCUCUGAUGGCGUCAAAGGACCCCAAUUCAUCAGCAGGGAUUGGCAUGGUGUACCAGGGAAAGUGGACGCUGCUAUGGCCGGCCGCAUCUACAUCACUGGCUCCACAUUCCGCUCUGUCCAGGCCAAAAAACAGAAGUCUGGGCGUCGAAGUCGAAAACGCUACCGUUCACGCCGAGGGCGUGGCCAUAGCCGCAGCCGCAGCCGCAGCCGCAGCAUGAGCUCCCGUCGCCCAUCGCGUUCAGUCUGGUUCUCUUUGCUCUCCAGCGAAGAGAGUGGGCUAGGAACCUACAAUUACGAUUAUGAUAUGAACUGGCGCAUACCUGCCACCUGCGAGCCCAUUCAGAGCGUCUAUUUCUUCUCUGGAGACAAGUACUACCGAGUUAACCUUAGAACACGGCGAGUGGACUCUGUGAAUCCUCCCUACCCACGCUCCAUUGCUCAGUAUUGGCUGGGCUGCCCAACCUCUGAGAAGUAGGAAUCAGCACCCACACAGCUGAGCUUCAGAAACCUCGUCCUCCAGCUUUUUCCUCCCAGCCCAAUAAAGUGUUGGCCCC